AUGUGUUCUAUGAAAAAGCUUUUAGUGUCAAUAAUUUUGUUCAACAUUUUGCGUUUGGAAACAUAUCUUUGUGCAAAAAACAAUAGAAAGAUCAUAAUGGAGAAUACUAAAGAAAAAUAUAGAUUUUUGAUAACCGGCGGUUAUCGUCCUAAGAUAGAUAAUUUGGCAAAAUAUGUUGUCUCCAUACGAGGAAAAAAAUAUGAAAAGUUUUUUGGAGAUGAUCACUAUUGUGGUGGCUCCAUAAUCUCACCCAAAGUUAUUCUGACUGCAGCACAUUGCGUUUGUGUGAUCGGUACCCGAAUAGAAUUGAGACCGUCCGAUAUAUUGGUCGUAGCUGGAACUCCGAGGCGCUUGGUUGUUACUGAAAAAACACAAGCCUUAAAAGUUGAUAGAGUUAUUAGACACGCCUACUUCGACCCUCAGACUUUGCAUAAUGAUAUUGCUUUGUUAUUGUUGCUAAAAAAUAUAUAUGAAGACGGUGUUUCAGCACAGAGGAUUAGUCUGCAAACCAACAUAUUGCCUCCGUAUACUAAAUGCACCGUGCUUGGGUGGGGUCGCAUUUUUUUCCUGGGUCCGAUUCCUGAUUUAAUAUUACACGCCGAUGUCUAUAUAAUGCCAACUGAAUCCUGUGAAGAGAGAGUCUAUCCGUUUUUGUUUGGCAUGAUGUGUGCUGCCGAUGAGGAUGAUUUUGAACAAAAUUCAUGCCAUGGUGAUUCGGGUGGUCCGUUGAUAUGCAAUGGCAGUGUAACGGGUAUUGUAUCAUUUGGCCAUAAUUGUGGUACCCGAUAUGCCGCUUUUUAUACCAAUGUGACUUCGUAUCUUGAUUGGAUUCGUGAGAACGGUUUCGGUAAAUUGAGACCUGUAAAUUUGAUUUUGCUAAUGGUUUUGCAAAUUUUCUUAAUGAAAGGUAUGUGA